AUGUCGUCUUCUUUAGCACCUAAAAUAUUGUCAAUGCGUUUGGAUCAAUUGGAUGUAUUGAUUCCUCAAACCGAGAAUGAAUUACAGCAAUCAUUGGAAGAACUUAGUAAAAUAAAUAAUAAAAUUGAUGGUCUUAAACAAACAUUAAACAAAUAUAAAGAAGAAGAAGUUGAUGUAUCUGUACAAUUCGCCGAUUUAAAUAAAGAAAAAGAAAAAACAGAAAAAUCUCGUUUAAGCGGAUUAACUACAAAAAUUGUUCGAGCAGAAGUAACAUUUGAUGAAUUAAAUCAUGGUUUCACGAAAAAACAUCAAUAUUAUGAAGCUAAAUUUGCCGAAUUAAAUGAGGUAAUUAAAAAACAUGAACAAAACUUAAAUCAAAAUAAAUCUGAACAAAAUCAGAUAAUGGAAAGUUUAGUCGAUGUUAAUGAAAAGGAAAAAGAAAAGAAAAAAAUACAUUUAUAUCAAUUAGCUGCAUUAAUUCUUCAAAAGGAAGAAGAUUUAAAGAAAUUGCAUGAUAAUAUUGCCAAAAUUGAUAAACGUGAUGGAGAAAAUAUUUGUAAAAUCAAAAACAAAAUUAUUGAUCUUGAAAAACAAUUACGUGAACAUAAAAAUGAAGAAAAUCAUCUAUUAGAAAAUUUAACAGAUGUAAAAGAAAAAACCGAAAAUGAAAAGAAAAAAUUUCGUUUUUAUCAAUUACUCGUGUUGAUUCAACAAGGUGAAAGAAAAUUGCAAAAAUUAUCGAAUGAUAUUAUCGAAAUGAACCAAAAUAAAUCGGUAAUACCUAAACAAAUGAAUAUCAAUAUUAAUGAUGUUCGAACAAAACUCAACAAGUAUAAAGAAGAACAAAAUGAUUUAUAUAAAUCAUUAGAUAAUGAAGAUAAAGCAAAAGAAGAAGAAAAGCAAAUAUGUCGUUUAUACGAAUUAGCUACAUGGAUUGGUCUAGAAGAAACAACAUUGAAAGAAUUACGUUACGAUUGGACCAAAAUGAAACAAUAUCAUCAAGCUAAAAUUGACAAAUUGCAUCCAAUAAUUACGAAUCAUCAAAGUCAAUUACGACAACUUAAAUAUGAACAAAGUAAUAUGACUUUGAUCAUUAGAAAAAAAAUUUAG